CCAAGAGAUGACCUGAUGACCUCCGCAUGGCUAAGAUAUCUUCCCCAUUCCCAUUAUUAUUUGGAAAGAUUAAGCUACAUCAAACUCAAACAUAUUGCACCAAACCCACAGGGCGACUUCAACCACAGGGCCAUUGUCCACCCUCCUCCGGCCACAAGAGAUGACAUGAAGACCCCAGCAUGGUCAAGAUAUCUUCCGGAUUUACCAACUACUACAAUUCGAGACUACACCGGAGGAAAUAGCGUUGAGGACAUGCUUGAACACCAGGACAGCUUAGAUGACGGAAGUAACGAAAUCCCUUCAUUGCCAGUAGACAACAUUGACGUCGAGAUGAUGAACGCAACUGGUAUCCCCAACAUGCAAUGUUUUGAGUAUUACUCGUGUAUAUCGAAUGUAGAGGAGAAUGUCCCGCCAGGAUCCCUAAAGAAAGGCUUCUACAUAACCCCAGCGUUCAUGAAGAAACAAUGCAGGAAUACGAAGCGGAUUUUAAACUGUUUCCUUGCUGGGGAUUACUCGGAUUGUCCCGUUGCGGUGGCGAGUUUCCCUACGCUCCUACGGCUGUACAAUUACAUGUGUGUAGAGCCAGGCAGAACAGAGGUGAUGUCAGUUCUUCCCUGUGCAAACAUCUAUGACGUCCAGAGGUCGUUCUACACGUCAUACCUCACGUUUUCAUCGGCAGUCAAUACCAUCAUGAACUGGCCGAACGCCAAACCUUCGGACACCAGUCAUAUGUUUUGCUGGGCGAUGAAGAAUUUCAAAGACGAAACAGGUGGUUUUAUUGAGACCCACUGUUCCGCCCAGGAUCGUGAAAUAUACGAUAGAGUCGUAGACAUCUCCGCGGAACCGUUUACAAGACAGUACAACUGUUAUCCACAGGGAAACGACGACGGCCACUGAAACAUCAUAAUACAACAUCGACGGAUUAUCCCCCUUUGUUUUAUAUGGAUAAUCUCCCUUCGUUGCUGACAAUUUUUUUUACCAUACAUUAUAGUUUUUGACUAUUUCUGGAGAAUAUCGUAUUUGCGUCCUUCUUAAAAUAUGCAUUAUAAUUAAAAGUUUUACUUUUAGUUAUCUCAUCCAAAUUAGAUAUAAUAGGCAAGACCAUCAAAUAUUAUUCCGAAACUAUUGAAAAUUACAAAAUAAUUGUAAGUGUGCCAAAAAUCUUGUUAAAAAAACCCCAUAAAUUAUUUUAAAAAUUGGAAAACUAUGAUUUUUCUAUUCGUCUUUAUAGAUAAAAAUUCAAAAUCAAUAAGUAUUUGUAAACCCGAUUUGUGAUCUGUAACACACUAUCACAAGUGGAGCUAAACACGAACAUACCAAAAUGAACAUCUUCAACUGGCAAAACGAAAGUCUUCUACUACUAUUACGAAGGUAGUGUGUGUUUUUUUUUUGGAAAGAUGAAUCAUUAAAGAACUAUAGUAAACCCUGCUUAAAAGGGGUCCUGAUUAGACUUGACUUGGUUUUAAUAUUAUUAAUUAUUAUUGAUUUGGUAAUAAUAAAUCAGAUAUGAAGGGAUGUGAAAUCAAGUGAGAAUUUAACAGGUUAGUCAUGCUAUUAUGAUCAUAUACUAGGCUUACCCGGAGACGCAUAAAACCUUGAAAUAUACUUUCAGGCCUGGCUAAUAACUGUAAUCUGCAAUCGGACCACGCAUGACGAUUUCACUGCAUGUUACAGACGUUUGUGAAGGGGCUAGUGGCUUUCGGUCAGUAAAUCAAGUCUUGGCCGCAACAAAUAAUCGGACAAGAGAAAAUUUAUAUUGACAUUUUAUUAAAUCAUUUUUCCCGCGCAACACUGCUGAUUGGGAGAACCUCCCAGAAGAUCUCAUCAAAACAUCUGACUUCAAAACCUUCAAAACCUAUUAUCAUCAAUUUAAGUCCCAAACUUACUCCUCCAACUCUUAAAUGAUACUCGGAAUCUAGGUCUACAGUGAAGUGGUAAGUGAUCCGAUUGUCGUAAUUGUUUUAAGAGUUGUCUCCCUUGCAUGUAUUUUUUUCUCAACAUUUUAGAACAAUUUCGAAUUAGCUUGAAUGCUUUCAGUGUUAUAUUUUUUACCUUUCAAAUAUGUCAUAGAUUAAUUGAUAUUGUCUUAAAUUACACUCAUAACUACUUGUUACCAGGUUCCAUAGCUUGGAUGGAAUUCGUUUUGAAAGAUGUGUUGUGAAGUCAUGAAAUAUUGUGUACAUAAUAUGACUUUAUUAUAUUUUGCUAUAUCAUUCUCACUUUCAUGAGUCUGUUUGCUAUAAUAUCUGUGGAUUUUCUGUAAGUUUUGAUGUUGGUCUAUACAGGUCUAUUGCCUCUCGAUGUUUUGAGAGAUACGAAAGUAUAUUCUUUCUAAGAAAUAUAUUACAUAAACCAAUGUCUCUUAUCAACCUACAUUUUAUGCACAUUUUGAUUUUUUUAUGAUUAAGCAUUUGCUGAGGUUUAAAAUAAAAAAAACGCAUGAACUAAAA